AAGGCUACAAUAAGCUUAAACAAUGGUGGCAAAACAGAGAAUACGCAUGGCCAACGAGAAACACAGCAAAAACAUCACGCUGAGAGGCAAUGUGGCCAAAUCCACGAGAAAUCCAGGUGAUGACAAGGUGGCAGUGGGACCAUGGCUUUUGGCCUUAUUCAUCUUUGUCGUCUGCGGAUCAGCAAUCUUCCAGAUCAUUCAGAGCAUUCGAAUGGGAAUGUAAUAUCAGGAGCCCUACCGUCAUCACCUGUUUCCAGCAUUCCUCUACACAUCAAGUGGUUUCAUGGUGCCUCACAGGAUCAAAGAUGAUCAACUACCAUCUGUCCAUUCCUUUUUUCCUAUUUCUCUUUUCCCCUUUUUGGCAUUGCCAAACGGGGAAAGCACACCCUUGUCAUCUUUGCCUUACAUAACUGGGAAAAAAGAUUGGAGAAUGAUUGAAGGAUUUUGUUUCAGGGAACUACAUGGGUAUUUGUACAGUGAUGACUGCUGUAUGUGUCGAUUGAUGUGCCAAAACCAAAUGGAGUGAAUUUCUGAUAUUCUCCUGUGGUAUAAAUUCCAGAGCACAAGACCACAGUGACUUAAUUCUAGAUCUAAACUCUUAACUCUUCUUGGUUGUACACGGACAGUAUCUGGUGUCUUAUAGCCUUCAUAUUAUAAUGAAUAUUAUGUGAUGCCUUUUUCGUAUUUCUUCAGUCAAUGAAACUAAAUGGUCUUUUGAAUCAGAAGAAUUUUGCUAAGACAAUGACAUUCACUAUUUCUGCCUAAACAAGCCUCUAAAACAAAUUAAAAAGGUGUAUCCUUGUU